CGCGCAAACAUUAGUCGAUAUUAACGAUAUCUCGUUUUCGAGCUGUAUUAUAAAUUAAAAUUUUACAUUGUACCGCUGGACACAUCGCGCAAUAUCCCCCAGCGUAUCGCUGACGGAUUAAGAUGCGCGAAUCCACCCUGUGGAUAUCGUGAAACCUGGUCGCACAGACGCCUCUGUUCCUGCGAGUAGAAAGUCCACCGGUAGAAGUAUUUCGUUCUACGGCGACGGCAACGCGGCGACUUCCCGCCGUGGCGAGGUGAGGCGAGACGAGCUGAAGCGAAGCUGAGAGCUGAGAGGCGAGACGAGGCGAGGUGAGACGAGACGAAACGAGGCGAGGCGAGGCCUCGGAGCGUGGGUAUCAGCACGGAACCGAGUCUACAACGCAUUAGCGCGGCGUUGUCACGUUUCGAGGUUCUCUCUCCCUCUCCUCUCUCUCUCUCUCUCAUUCUCUUCUUCCCUCUCCCUCUCCUUCUCUCUCUUCUCUUUUUCUUUUUCUUCAUCUGUCUCCGUUUCUCCUCGAAGCUUGUUCCUUUCCCUCCCUCACUGUCCUCCUUCACCCCGACGCCUCGCGCCUUGCAGUACCGACUCGUUCUUUCUCUCGACGCCUCUCUCACCGUCUCUCGCCGUGCGACGUUGCUGAUUCGACUGGCGGGAAAACUGGCUCUUCAAACGGAUUUUCCCGCGACACGGCACACGAUCCACGCAUAAAACCAAUGAAAGGGAAGAUGUUUUGGGCCUAAAGAGUUGUGCAAUGAUGGGUCUGCAGGCGACGGCAGGAAAACGCAAAUUGGAGGGUGGUGUUGGUUACGUGGAAUUCCAUAUGGACUUGGGCGAGAGUCCGUCGAAGCUUGGACGCGUGGACGGUAGCUGGUGGGCGAUGGAUGACAAUUAUGGACCGCCCUUGAACCAGACAUCGUAUUACGAGAUGGAGGUGAACUCACCCUGCCUACAGGCAACGAACCCGUGUCAGCCCUCGGCGACCGGUUCCUCGCAGUCGCAGCAGCAACAACAGCAGGCACAAUCGCAACAACACUCGUCUCAACAGCACCAUUCAUCUUCCCAGUCGACGCAGCAAGCGCAACAACAGCAAUCGCAGCAGCAACAACAAUCGCCGGCGUCAUCUUCGACGUCAGCCUCGUCCACGGUGACGCAAUUACACCACCAGCACUACUAUCAUCAUCAGCGCAGCGCCAUCAGUCCAAUCGGCAACAACGGUUAUAAUCAAUUAUCGAGAUCUCAGCCGCAAUGGGGCGCACUUCAUCAUUACGAACCGCCGACGAUACGUCGCGAGGAGAACGGCAAGAGUUAUUUGGAACUGGGCUCGAGUUAUCGAGCAAACGAGCGAUGUUGCGAAGGCUCCAAGUCGAGUUGGUGCCGACGCGGUCGAGCCUGUUACCGGCAACGAAGACUCGCCGUGCUCAACAUCUCGAUGUGCAAACUCGCCAGGUACCGCCAGUUCCCGGAUCCAAGCCUCCACAGGUCGGUAUUGAUCUGCAACACUUUGAGACACCUGGAACGUGAGAUGGAGAGAGAUAGGAGUCCACCGCCCAUGGAGCCGGUCAUACCGGCACCGAUAGCUCAAUUGCAACCGCCUGAACAGGGCAGGUUAACGCCUUUCCCCGUGCCACCGACGUCGUCGGGCGAGACCGACGUCGAUUCUGGCAUCGGCGACAGCGACGACAGCCGAUCGAUUAACUGGGGCAGCGUGCUAUCUUUGUCAAGCCAGUCGCCGCUCGACCCGCUCAACAACAACGAACUACUAGACGUGGAUAUAGGGCCCGAUCUCGACUUGGAUUUUAUGCCCGGGUGGAAGUUAACGCCUCUCUCGGCGGACGACAUCCUAAGAAGUACAACGACCCAGGAACAACAUCAUCAUCACCAUCACCAUCAUCAUCAUCACCAUCAUCAGCAUCAUCAUCAUCAACAACAACAACAGCAACAGCAGCAGCAGCAGCAGCAUCUAAUGUCCUCGGGGAGCAGUUGCGGCAGCAGCUGCGGUAACAGCAACGUCGUUGGUAGCAGCAGCGUCAACAACGUCGGUAGCAGCAGUAGUACGCACGAGUCGUUGAUGUGCGUAGGAUCAUAGCCCUCGACCUUGACAUCGUUGAGUCACCUCAUCGAUUUUUAUCCGCUGACGCCGCAGGGCAAGUAAAUCCACAACGACGGCCAGCACGCAAAAAUCCUGCGAGAAAGUCCCUGGAAGGCGCGCGGGCGAGAGGCGGCAAUGAAUACGGCUCACCCUCUCUCUGGAGCGUUCGAUGUCUGGCCGGCGACUCUCGAGGAGCCGCACUCUUCUCUCUUCGCGUUAAUUUAUUGUCGCGUCAAUUACACACAUAAACAUGCAUACAGACAGACGAAAAACGAUACCGAGAAAUCUCCUGCGACACUUUCGUUCUUCCUCCGCUUCCUUUUACCACCGUUAUCAUGACUGCUACCACUGUGGGCUCUAUUGCUACUACUUUUACUACUAUCCUUCCGUGACUAUUUACCACUAUCGUUACGAUUAUCCUAUUACUAUCGCUACUCUAUUUCUAGUACUACUAUUACUACUAUUACUAAUACUAUUACUAUUAUUACUAUUAUUACACUAUCGCUAAUUAACGUGUCUCCCAGAAUAAAUAUCUACUCCCCGAGGGACGGACGCGUCAUGACACGCGGCACAUUCGCAGGUGCAGACAAGACAACAGAGCGCUCUGAGAGUUUAAAGAACAGAGAGAGAAAAAAAGGAUAAGCGAAGAGGGUUGGAGAAGAAUCUUUACUGUCCGCGAACUGACAGGUGCUGCUACUCGCAUCGGAUAAUCCGAUAUCCCGGCAGAGAUUCAGAUGGUUUUUGUAUCUGGCUAUCGCGUGUAUUAUUUUUUUCGCCGUGGAAUUUUGAAAUUAGACGCAAAAGCGAUUAAUAUUUACCUCCAAAUAUGCCGCUAUAAGAUUUGAGAAAACCAUCGGUAAUCAUCAACUCUCCAAUAAACGCGUAAUGAUAACGAUUCGAAACGUAGUUUCGCAUUUGGUGCCUAUUGGAGGAUUGAAACCCAUGUUUUCAUAAUUGCGUCUGCGAGCUUAAAGAUUUACAUGUGAAUUGUCAGAAAAGCGAUUAAGAUAUAUGUGCGGAAAGAUUCGAAAGGACGGAAAAUAGAGAGAGAGAGAGAGAGAGAGAGGGAAGAUGGUUUUUUGGCUACGCGUCGAGUACGAAGAAGCUUUCUUCGAGGCCGGAAAACUACGAGAACACUGUGAUCGAAGUCUCUCGGCUCGGGGAGUUUCUGCUUUCUUUUCCGUGCGUUCACCCUCUUCGUAAGUUAUAUUCUGAAAUUGCUGGGGAAGGCCGUCCGGGAGAUCUUUUUUCAUGAAAUGACAUUCAACAUUCCCGAGUUUGCAACUCUGGAACGAAUGUGACCAAUCGAUGAUAACGUCGAUGAUACAUCAUCCGUGCGUACCCAGUAUGCAAUCAUGUACACAUUCACACACAUAGUAUAUACAUAUAUAUACGACCGCCGUGGCCUAUAUUAUACGCACGACGCACGAAGAGACACGCGCGAGUGCAAGUGCACACACAAGUCAUAUGGUGCUACAGGGCGGCUGUAGCCUGGUGCUUCUUUUCUCUAGGACAGACAAACACGCAUACAGACACAUACAUACCUUAAGCCGAACGCGUACCGAAUUUGCACGGAUCGCUCCGUCGCUCGGGGUCGUCGUGACGCGUCCUACCGUCGUAAGCGUGAUACGAUGUAAAUCGGAGACGUCGGCGUCUCGAUCGAGAAACUGAUCGCACCAUCGCCCAAAUUAUUCGAAUAUUUCAUCUCGCUAAAGAUCGUCAAAAAGUGUCUGUGUUGAAUAUCUUGUCAAAGUAAAUUGUUAAACCAAGGUAGAGAGAGAUAAAUAGGUGGUAGAUAGGCUAAUGCGACUCAGUCUCGAUUGUUUACGCGUUGUGAGAAUGAGGACAGUGAAAGAAAGGGUUUAAACAUUUGCGUUGGAGCUGCGAGAUAUGUUUGGGCUGUGCAAUAGAAUGCGUGUCUUUAAUACUAGUGAGUGUAUCGUCAGGAGCAUUGAUAUCAUCAGGAACAAAAAUUAUUUUCAUACAGCGAUUAUACAAAAUCGUCUUACGAAUAAUAUUUGUCUAUGUCUUGAUUUUAACAUGCACAUUCAUAUAUAUCUGAAAGUACAAAUAAUAUUCUAAUAUUUUAAUAUUUUAAUUUUAAAGCGAUGCAUAUUUCUCGACGUAAACACUCACUUUAUGAUCACUCAGUUAAUGAUAAUAAUGAUUUACAAGUGACGAUUAUUCUUUCAGCAAAUAGUAAUAUUUAUCUAGAAAAUUUUUUUCUAAUACCAAGCCAUAGCAAAAAAAAUAUAAUGCCACGAUUGACUCAAUCACAAAGUCUAAUUGUAAGUUGAAACGUAAAAAUUAAGCAUGCAAAAUAGUGCAUUAGGUUUUCAAAGUCCAUUAAGCUGCAACGCAAUGGGUUAGCCCUAAAAUGCAUGACGUGGGCCUGGAUGACUCAACCACCGUUUUAAAUGCGAACUCCACAUUAAUUAUUUUAUCGGAAUGACCAUAUAUUUACAAGUUUUCUGUUUAUAUAGAAAUAGAAAAAAUAAGAAGGAAAAAGAGCAACAGAAGAGAAAUAAAAGAUAUAAAAUAUAAGAUAUAAAAAAAAAACAUUUUUUGGAAAUAUGAUGAAUUAUUUAUUCCUUCAGUGUCAGAAAAAUAAUUAUCCUGAAAAAAAAAAAUGGAGUAAUCGCGGUUGUGAAUGAGACGAAGUAGGACACCCAUGUCAUGCGUUUGUGUGCGUAUGUGUUAUAUGAAAUAGACGAUGCAUCUCAAGGAGAUUAACGCAAGACGCCGGCGCCUUCGUGUGAAUAUCUUGUGUCACGACGUACGACGUCGACAAAUGUACCUGCAUUUUAGAGAUCGGGAUAACGUUCUCCCCUUCGGAUCGUCGCACGGUGGCCACUGCGCGUCACUGAUCUCCCAUAAAUGUAUCAUAUGUACACAUAUUAAAUAUAAAAUAGAGAGUGGCCGGCGUGCGCGCGCGCGUGAAGAAGGCGAACGCUCGAGAGUUAAGGCCACCCUCGACCCCGGACGCAUCUUCUCGCGUGGAUCCGUACGCGAUCUCGCCCUCAACGUCCACGAAUUCAUUCAAGAGAGCAGCUAUACUUAAAAGCUAAACGAUUUAAGAAAGUCUAACAUUACGAAGAGAAUAUAAUAACUUAUCGACUCGACUGAUUACUUAAACGAGAAAUGGAUGAAUGGGAGUAUGUGAGAAAAGGACACGGGAUAUAAGGAGUGUAAAAGGAGCGCAUGUGUGUAAAAAGGAAUAAUAUAACUAUCAUGAUAGAGUUGAUUUAAAUUGUAAUUAUAUAUGAUGUUCUCUCUCUUAUGAUGACACGCGCGGAACACAUAUACGCAUACAUACACACACAAUACCCACGACACAACACAUAUACACAGAGAUACACAUACGCGAGAUAUGCUAUAGAUACUUGUUGUAUAUAUAUUAUAUAUAUAUAUAUUAUAUAUGCGUUACUUACUAAGCUAAGCUCUUAAGUAUAAACGCGCGAAUCGUCGAGAAAGAAGAAACCCUACAUCUCAUCCUGUGAACCGCUAUCCUUAAUCCUUCCUCGAGUUCCAUUUUCUACUUUGUACUAUAGCGCAUUACGAUCGGCGCACACAUCUUCUGUCACAUCCUCUCCCCCCCCCUCUCUCUCCAACCCUCUUCUAAAUGAUAAUGCUCCCUCUUUCUCUCCGCGCGAUUUCUUCGCGAAUACGACGAGCAAUAUUACUUUUAAUAAGCGCGGGGAGAAUUUAGAUAAAGAAAAAAAGCGUAUAUAUACGUACAAACCGAUGCAUCUGAUCGCGCGAGAGUGUCACACACGAGAUCUUUAUGUAUGUGCGUUACAUAUACAUUGUAUGCUCGUUGAGUGUCGAAUACCUAUCAUAUAAUAACGGUGGGUGAAUCGCAGGGGAUCGUAAAUCGAACAAAUGCAAAGAUUCGAAUCUCUCAGGGAAAGAGCAGUGAUUAGGCGAAAGCGGUAGCUCCUUUCCGACCGAGAGAGUUGGUUUAAUAAGGUAUCAAACAAGAAGCUGUCAUCAUCUCUUACUAUGCUGCACAGAAUUUGAAUUCGCCGAAUAGAUAGUAAUUUAACUUUUUGCGAAAUAAAUUAGAAAGAAUGUGUACAUUUGAUUAAAUUUUUGUAAAGUUUACCCCCGAAAUAAAUUGAGAAUACAUAAUUAUAAAUUAUUUCUAACUAGACAAUUAUACCAAAAAGAGAGAUUGAAAGAAAGACCACGCUGACGCUCGGGGAUACACUGAAACGAGCGAAAGCGAAUCAACGGAUAAGUAUUUUUUUCACAUUUCUAAUUCGAUUCACCCUCCGAUUUAUUGUACGCUGAAGGAGGGAUUCGCGCGUGCGAUGUGCGUUUGACUGCUCCGCAGAAAAACAUGAAUGAUGCAACAUCUUUUUCUAAGAUCUUCGAAAUUAUUCAUAUAUAUGUAUAUUUUUAUAUCUUUAUAUUUUAUAAUCAUUCGUAAUUAUAAUUUAUUAUAAUUUUACUUAUAAUUUAAUUAAAGUUAAACAAUUAUAAUAAUUGUAUAAUUAAUACUAAGCAAACUUUUCGUUAUCAUCUCACUUAGCGAGAUGAAGCGCGAUAAUAUGAUAUUUUAGUAGAUAUGGCCGGUCUGAUAUACGUGAAAACAUUUAUAAAUACUUUGCGCAUUACGUUUUUCGGUGGAGCAGCCGCGUUGUUCUUCCACGAUGUUGUUGAUAUCAAGCAAAGCUAUUUGAGAAGCAUCAUGUCGUACAAUCGCGCGUGUUUCAAGUCGCAUAUGUUUCUAAAUUAACCCCUUCUGUGCUUCGAUCGGGCACAGUGAUAUUGAUAUAUAUGUUGAAAAAAUAACUUAUGUUUCUCGUAUUAUUUGAAUACAGAGAAGCGCAAGGAUCUAAAACGCGUAUUCUCUUCUAAAAAGAAAUUCUAUUGUACCGAAGGGAUUACGAAGGCCGAAGGCGUCUCGUGCUAGCAGCGUCUCGCGAUAAUGUCAAUCGUGAAUCUAUACGUAAACAACAAUUGGGUAGCAAUCGCAAUCGAUUGCUGCAUAGAUUCAAUGAAUCAGAUUCGAUUGCUGCCCAACUGUUACUGCAGCCAUUGUCUUCGUUAACAUAGCGCGAUCGAUCAAUAGUCUCUACACGAAGAUAAUCUGCGACUAUAGGCGGGUUUAAAAAGAGUUAAAGAUUAAAAUAGUGAAAUUUCGAUAUGUAGAGUCUUAAUAUAAAAGAAACAAAUGCAUUUAUGGGUAUUAUAUCUCAGUUAGUCUAUGAUUAUUCUAUCUGUAAUAGCAUAUAAGAUGUUGUGAUUCUUCCGUAGAGGAAGUCUAAAUCCGCCUGUGUGUCUACGAAUUCCUUCGCAGACAUCACAAAUGUCUGAAAGAAAUGUAAACAAUUGUCAAGUAUCCGCGGGUAUGUUGGCUUCCUUAACAAGGAUAAACGCGAACGAGCGCUGCUGGCAUCGAUACGUUGAAGUUCUUUGCGAUCACGCGGACGCAUAGCUCGCCAUCGGACACGCGCGUUUCGUAAAGUGCCUAAAAACUGUCGAAAGAGAAAGUUGCGGCUAUUAAGACCCAACGACAAGGUCACGCGCGAGUCUUCGGCACGUCGACGUGCAUAUGAUGUACGACACACUCUAACACGAUUAUCGUGUCUCAUUUUAUUAUUAUUUUUCCUUUCUUUUCUAAUGGGAUAACGGAUGGAUUUGUAAAUAAUAUAAAUAAUGCGAGAUACGUUCUAAGUGAAAAAUGAAAAGAGGAUAUAAUAAGUCUAAUAUUGAGAAAAUAUAUAUAUAUAUAUAUAAAUAAGAUAUAUAUUAUAUAUAUUAUAAAAAGUGUAUAUGUACACGUAUACGUGUGCGUAUAUGUGUAUAAGAUUAUUAUUAUUAUUAUUAUUAUAUAUACAUAUGUAUGUAUAUAUUUAUCUUGAUAAAUAAUGUAAGACGGCGACGGGUUCGCGCAAUCGAUUCUUCCUCAUCGUCGCAACGAUAUUCGGACGAGAUUUGUUUUUAUUUGCGCGCAUGAUUACUGUUCGGUGGUUUUUGUCGACACGAUGGAGCUCUCUUGUUCUCGAGUUUUCCCAAAACUAUUUUUCCCGACAGACAUUUAUACUCUUAUAUGAUCAAAGAUUCCUGCAUUUUGCGGAAGAUUUAAAAGUGUUAUAUUUUUUUUUCUCGAAGCGUGAACAACGUCAAGUUCGUAAUUUAUUUUAAUAUUGGGCUUAUGUUACAGCGCAAAACUAUAUACAAUUAUUUGUAUUAUAUUCUACGAUGUAUGAUUGAAAUUUAAUUAUUUAUUACGCGUGCGCAUCAAGUUCUGAGCCGUAAUUACGAGCUCGUCCAAUUUCGUCUUUUCUUCGAUCUCUUUCUUUUAUCAUGAGAAAAUCGCGAACGAAGAAUAAUAAAAAUUCCAGGCAAAAGGAAUGAAAAAUCGUCGAUGGGGAAGCGAUCGGACACGCCGAUCCUUGCGCUGUCGUAAAAAAUUAGGGCAGGAAGGAUGCACGACGUUGUACAUUGUAAAUAGUAGCGCGAAGGAUGACAGUUAUAGAGAGAGAGAGAGAGAGAGAGAGAGAGAGAGAGAGACAGAGUUAAUUAAUUUAAAAAAGACAAGAAAGAAAUAUGGGAUAAAAAGAGGCGGCCGCGAAUCGAAGUGGUAAUCGUCAGGCAAACGCACGGCACUUUCGGGUCAUUCGAUUCACACAGCGUUUUCCGAAAACGUGAUCUGUCCGUCGUCGGUCUCGACGAAGGUACGAGAGUGAUCUCUCCAACGCUGAUUGUCCUUUAGUGUCGGCUUUUGUCCGGCCUCGCCAAGUUCGCGCGAACGAAUCUGCGAACGCGAUCGAGCAAUCGGAGACCUCGCUGAAAAUUAUCGCGCGCUCUCGAAUGAAAAUUUUCUUCGAGUCAUCGUCCGCCUUGUUAUUCGACCCUGACGCCGUGCACUCGCAACGUGCGCGCCGGGUGCGCGUUUAACAGAGCUCGCGGAGAUUAUUACUCUGAGAGAUGCGUAACUGUAUAUCGUCGACGACUACGCGCCGAUCACUCGAUCAUAACGUAUGUAAGGAAGAGCGUGGCGUUGCGAGGCCGCUGCGUUAAAAAAAAAAAAGAAGAAAGAAAGAAAGAUAUAAAUAAUUGUUAACAAGCGCGUGACGAGUUUUGAGCGAUGACACUGGUGUGACAGUCAUGCUGUUUGGGCGUGCGACUCGAUCGAACCCACGUUUGUACUUGCGCACAAAAGCACGUGUGCUCCUCGAUCAUUUAGGAAUUGAGAAAAAUUAAUCGGCAAAUGUGGGAGAGAGAGAACAUGUUAUAUGUGGGAAAUCGCAAUUACUCUAGUCCUAUAUGCGGUCGACGAAUAAUAAACGGCACACGUGUGUUCGCGAGUGAUCGGGCGUGUCGCCAUUUCUUUUCGUUUCUCUUUGUUCUAAAAAAAUCGUGGAGUUGUGUAUCGCGUACUGUUCUACCAAAAUAUAUUAGCAGCAACAGCAGCAGCAGCAGAAUUGACAGUCAAAAUGGAGAAUCGUUUAACUGGAUAUUGAAUGACAAAAGUUGAAUAAAAAGAAACUGCAGCGCAUGUGCGAUAUGAAAAACGACAAGAACUAUCAAAAACAAUAAAGAGUAUUAUUCUAUAUAUAACAA